AAUGACAGACUGACACGGCGGAAUUCAGAAAGCACAGGUUCACAAUGGAGCAUCAGCAGAGUCGGAAGCAAACGAUGAACUCGACAGAAGUGGCGAAAGCCAAUGAGGAGUUCGACCUGUUCUGCAAUGCCACUACCCUGAAAUCCAUUCUGGGCCAUUUCCGGCAUCUCUGCGAGUUGCUCAAAGUCAGGCCGAACACGAUCAGUCAGUUUUAUCCGAAAUUGAAGCUCAAAUUGCGAUCGUGGAAGGCGCAGGCACUGUGGAAGAAGUUUGAUCAGAGAGCCAAUCACAAAUGUUACAAUCGUGGCAAAGCGUGCCUGAAUACAAGAGUAUUAAUCAUUGGCGGCGGUCCCUGUGGGCUUCGUUCAGCGAUAGAGGCCCAGUUGUUAGGUGCCAAGGUUGUCGUCGUCGAAAAGAGAGAUCGAAUGUCCAGAAACAACGUCCUUCACCUUUGGCCCUUCGUCAUUCAAGACCUUCGCGGCCUAGGGGCGAAGAAAUUCUUCGGGAAAUUCUGCGCCGGAUCUAUCGAUCAUAUCAGCAUCCGUCAACUUCAGUGCAUCUUGCUGAAAGUCGCUUUGAUCCUCGGUGUCGAGUUCCACGAAAGUGUUAGCUUCGAUUCUUUGAUACCGCCGCCAGAGAAUCAGGAAGAGGGCAAGAUAGGUUGGAGGGCGAAAACUACCCCCGCCGAUCAUCCAGUCUCUCAGUACGAGUUCGACGUGCUGAUAGGCGCCGAUGGUAAAAGAAACACGUUGGAGGGCUUCAAGCGUAAAGAAUUUCGUGGCAAAUUGGCGAUCGCAAUAACGGCGAAUUUUAUAAAUAAACGAACGGAGGCGGAGGCACGGGUGGAGGAGAUCAGCGGAGUGGCCUUCAUCUUCAACCAAAAAUUCUUUAAAGAAUUGUACCAGGAGACGGGUAUAGAUCUGGAGAAUAUCGUGUACUACAAAGACGAUACUCACUAUUUCGUGAUGACUGCCAAGAAGCAUAGUCUCAUAGACAAGGGCGUGAUUCUGCAGGACUACGCAGACACAGCAAAGUUGCUCGCGAAGGAAAACGUGGAUCGCGAGGCAUUGAUGCUUUACGCCCGCGAGGCUGCCGAGUUCUCCACGGAAUACCAGAUGAUCGGUAUGGAAUUUGCAGUGAACCAUUACGGUCAGCCAGAUGUGGCCAUGUUCGAUUUCACGUCUAUGUAUGCGGCGGAGAAUGCCAGCCGGAUUUUAGACCGUCGGGGCCAUAGGUUGCUUAUGAUCCUCGUCGGUGACAGCCUGCUCGAGCCAUUCUGGCCAACGGGAUCCGGUUGUGCAAGAGGAUUUCUAAGCUCGUUGGACGCUUGUUGGGCGAUCAAAAGUUGGGGCGCUAAUGUAUCGCCGUUGGAGGUAAUCGCUGAACGUGAGUCCAUUUAUAGGCUACUUGGACAGACUACCCCUGAAAAUUUGAACAGAGAUUACGCUGCCUAUACGCUGGACCCCCACACCAGAUACCCAAAUCUGAAUGUAUCCUCUGUGACGCCAAUACAAGUGCGAAGUCUACUCGACACAGACGAUCCUGACAGCAUCAAACAGCCUACUGUACAAUCUGAUAUCGAUAUUCCCAAGAAACGACGUCGCCGAGAUUUGCGUGGAGAUUCGCAAGUGCACCCAGACACGCUGCUCCGUUGGCUGCAAAAGCAAGUUGCUGUAUACGACUCGGUCCAAAUAAAAGACAUGGGCGCCUCGUUCAAAAAUGGCCUGGCCAUUUGUGCGAUAAUUCACAGAUAUCGCCCAAAUCUGAUAGACUUCCACAGUUUGAACCCAGACGAUGCGGUCACGAACAAUCAGCUGGCCUUUGACGUCUUGGAGAAAGAACUAGGCAUACCUCCUAUAAUGACAGGAGAGGAAAUGGUUCAAUGCGACGUCCCCGAUAAACUCGCCAUGUUUUCUUACCUCACACAAAUAUACGAAGUUUUCCGCGGUGAAAUCCCGUACAUUAAACAUCCGAAAUUAGAACCUGAAAACGAAGAAAGGCCCGUACAUAGUAAACAAUUGAGCCAAUUAACACCUGACCAAAAAGUUCAGUCAGUUGACCGUGUCGUCAGGCAAGAUAGCGCAACAAGAACGAGACACUCACGCUCGCGACAUAACGAAAAUUUAAACCCCGCGGAUAAGAAGGGGGACACGAUUAGCCGACGUUCUCGAAAGAGACGAAGCACGGAGAAGAUGGGCGCGACAGUGGAGGAAAGGCAGAAGAGACUCGCAGAAAUAGAGAAAAAUCGCGCCGAACGUAUGAGAAAACGACAAUAUUUGCGAAACAUGGCGACGCAGCAAUUCUACAAAAGUAUGCAGAUGCUGCAAGCGAACGCAAAACGUGAGAAAGACGAGCCGUUCGAAGAUUAUUCGAUAUUCUUAUAUCGUCAAACUGCGCCGGAUUUCAAGGAUAGAGUGAAAUACCUAGAGCAGAAAAUAUUAUAUCCAGACAGAGAACCCAAGAUUCACGCUGGUCAUCACAGAAACAGCAUAGACGAAGAAUUCUCUGGUAGAAUAAAAAGCAUUGAGGAUAAGCUGAAAGGAUCUACUACUACUGAGAAGAAACCCAGAGAUCUUUUACGUGCCAUUGGUAAGAUCGAGAAGACUGACUGGAACGUGAAGGAAAUCGAGAAGAAGAUCGAAGAGAAUAAAAUGGGUCGUUCUGUGCGGCAUGACAAGGUGGAACGAGUGCCGAAAUGGAGUCGAGAACAGAUGUGUAUAUGCUUCAUUCAGUUUUUAGCUCGACAAAUCAAGAUGGAGAAGAAGGGACGGGAUCAAAAGGAGACAGAUAGUAAGUACGCUGAUAUUGACAAUACCCUGAAGAGUAUUGACAGGAAGAUCAAAGAGGGUAAUGUCCUCGGGUACAAUAAAGUUUCGGCUAUGGCCGAGCAGUUUUCAAAUAAAAGUCAGGACGCGGAGCCCAAGGUGCACAAAUCGAAUGUCAAGCCCACAAUAACGUUACCCGCCCAAGGAGGUUCGGAAAUGUGUCACUUUUGCAAUAAGAGAGUUUAUUUAAUGGAGAGACUUACUGCAGAGGGGAAGUUCUUCCAUCGAGGCUGCUUCCGUUGCGAAUAUUGCUCUACCUCAUUGAGAAUAGGAAACCAUACGUUUGACCGGGACAAAAAUGGAGGACGGUUCUACUGUACACAGCAUUUCGGUUUCUCAGGGACGUUAAAAGCUCGUGCCGAGAAGAAAAGAAUCACAACGUUGAAUAAGGAAAAUAUACCUACCACGCCUGUACAUCUAAAGACACCAGAAAAGGCGAAGAUAUCUUUGGAAGGUGUCGUUGGUCUUGACUUGCUUGACCGCGGCCAAACACCUGAGAGAAUAGAAUUCGAAAACUUAGCAGGAAUAUCAGACGCUGAAGAACCCCAAAGUCAGAUGGACGAGGACGAAUGGACGGAUAGAAAUUUUGGUGCUUCCACAGCAGAAAUGGGUUCCAGUGACGACAUUUCGGACAUGAGCGAUUCGGAUGACGAUAACGAAGUAUACGAAGAAGCAAUAGAUCAACCCCUAACAACAGAAGGAACUCUUGAACUUGCGAAGAAUUGGACCCUACGAUAUUCUCAUCCACACGCUGCAAUGGGACAGUCUGACACUGGGAGCAACGAAUAUGAAGAUUCUAGCGAUGAAUAUACGAAUGAAGACGACGAAAGUACGACAGCUACGGAGGAUGAAGACGACAUACGCGCUCGAGAACUUAGAAAACAGGAAGUUUGGCUGAAGAAUCCUACCCGUAGCUCCGAUACAGACACUGGUUCGGAAACGGAGGUUGCCUCCAACGAAGGUACGUCGGAAGAAAGCGAAGAAAACUCAGCUACGGAGAUAUCGACAGACUCUGAGUUCGAACACGAUGGUACAACUCCGACGCAGCAUGAAAUUCCAGAAAUCACAAUUAACGAUACGUACGUUCGCAAGACAAGGGGGAAUUACGUUGAGCCUAAGAAAGUUCAAGUGAAAAGUAAAGUUAUUUCAUCGAUAAACGGAAAUUUGAGGCAAGAUAAGGAUUUAGACGUGAGAUCGCAGUUAAAAGCGGAUCAUAAUACAAAUUCUCAUUUCGAGAAAGAAAGCAAGCUGAAUUUAUUGGGGUUCAACAAUACGAAUAUAGCCCCAUUAAUAAACCCACGCAAAGGAGAUUAUCUACUGAACCGCACUCACUCUACCGAAGGUAUCGCGUCUAAAUUGUCCUUGGAAUUAAAAAAGAAAUAUUUACUCGGUGGCACGGCCUUUGGUGGUUCCGUUAUGAAGUCAGGAUCAGCCUCGAAUGUAGAUACUCAGUUAAGAAACUUCUCAGAUGCUAUUUCCCAGCAUCAAAAGCUUUUAAAUCCUGCACCAGAGCCAAGCCCUACGAUGCAAGCGUUCUUGCAAGGGACGAGCAAAUUACGAUCGAGUAACACUCAACUUUCUCCUAUAUCGCCCACAGCUGCUGUAUUCUCUUCGUCACCGGUGAAGCCGUACAUUGCCAAUCGUUCCUCGCAGAAUUUAUUAAACAACGAUCCUAUUUAUAAAGCAACGAUUUUACCUGAAAUAUCGAAAACUCAUUUGCCAGACUUGGUGAAGGAGUCUAGUAUAUUAAAGUCAAAAACAACGCCUAAUAUUGUCUGCAGCGAAUCCAAGGACGUAGGGAGCAAAGAGCUUACGAAAGAACAGAUGGCAUCUAGUCAAUUGCAUACAGUUAAGGGCUCGCAAAUGUUAGAAAAUGUGCGAAACGCUCAGAUUAUAGAGAGCAAUUUUACCGCGAACGCAGAUGAAAACAAUGGUUUCCGACCACGAAGUCCCUUGCAUGAGACUUCUAUCAUUGUGCCCCAGGUUGAUUGGAGUAAAAACAAGCAAGAAGGAAAAGACGGGAGUACAGGAGAUUCGGAGAUAGACAGCGAUUCUUUGUCUUCCGGCGAUGGUGAAGACGCUGAGGAAGAAGCUCAAGACCAGCCACCAGUCAUCGUAAAUCUAUCUCCACCGCGUUUACAAAUUCACAGUACCGAUGGAGAUUUGCUGUUGGAUGAGGAAGCCAACAAGUUUAAAGAUUUCGAUGAUGGCCAGUCGUUCGAGCCAGAUUCCAUAGAGUGUUCUUAUUUGCGGGAUAAAGAGUUGAACGGUAAAGUAAACACUGCUGUUUCAACUCCAAUUUCUUCCGUGAACAAAGCCUCAAUGGAACUGGAGCUAAUAAAAAACGAGAUUGAGCAGUUGGAAUUGCAGGAUGAAGGUAAAAUGAGCAUCAGCAAUUGCAGUACUCCUACAUCGAUAACUUCUGCCAUUUCCAAUAAGCAUGAUGAUUCUGAAGAAAAUGACAUCACCACAGCAGCCCUUACUGAAACAGAAUUCUCAGAGUGGGCUCGCGAUGGUGAGGUUCUAGUUUCAGACGAUCUGCGGGACGUUGAAUUCAAUAUUAAUCCAGAAUUUAUAACUACGAGGAGGAAGCCCACAUUAUCAGAUGCCUCGAAGAGAGGUUACACUCCAAUUACGAUAGCCAAACAGGAGGAUUUGACAGACAUGGACUUAGAUUCCUCGAAGUUUGACAAACAGAUAGAUGUUCCUGUUAACAAUACCUCAAAACUUUUAGCUAACGGUGAAAAUAUAGAUUUUAUGGACACAGAUAACGAAUCACUCUUGGAUGAUAGUUUGCAAGACGCUUCUAAUACUGUUAUGCUCAAGAAUAGAGGAUAUAUAGAAUUUGUAAACAUUAAGAGCACGCCGACGCUUACAGGCUCGCGAGAUCAAUUAAUUGCCGACGCUCCUAUCGCGAAACUAGAAGUAGAGAACGAUUCGUGUUCAGAGGAAGAGGUUUACAACGACAAAAACGUGAUAGAAAUAAAUCCAGUUACUAUGGACGAUGUUAUGAAUAAGCUAAACGACGCUAUAAAUAAAUCUGACAAUGAUGCUACAUCAAACAUAGAAACGAAAUCGAAUUUCGUUCAAGAAGAUCAAUCUAUCGUAGAAACAGUAAAUAAAGAAUUGUUCCAAUCGAUGGAGGAAGAUAGUUUGCUUAUCGUCGAACCAGCUGAAGACACCACUACCAGUGAAGUAGUCACUAUUCUUGCCAGUCCAGUAAAUCCACAAGUUUCAAUAGUUCCGAACCAAGUUCAAAAGGAGCCUGAACAGCAAAAGGAAGAAACGAAAAUAACAGCAGAUUCGAGCAAUCCUGACUACCUGGAAUACGUAAAGCGACUACAAUCUAGAAUCGCUGAGUUUAGCAACGCCAAAGACUCUAUAGACAUCAGAAAAUCAAAAAGGAAGAAUUCUAAAAGUUCUCUGCAAUCUCGUACCGCUGAGAUGAUAGCAGAAGAAAUCAAGAAUCAAGAAAUCACGAUAAACAACAGCUUUAACUCUCCGGCUACCUCUAGGAAAUUGGAAGAAAUCACCAGAGAAAGGUCCAAGCAGAAGAAUGUAAUACAAGAUUUAUUAAUGGAUAAAGUGGAAGCUCAUAAGCAAAAGUCCGCAGAAAAGAAGGCAAGAAGAGCUGCCAGAGCUUCAUCGUUCAAUUCAACUCCCACUUUAUCGCCGAUAAGGCCACUUAUUCCUAAUGUUUCGCUAAUUAACAAAUUCAUGCCUACGUCCAUUACAACGCCAGAAAAUAGUCCUUUGCGUACUGAAACUAAAAAGUCUGUAGAAAAUGAAACAUCUUAUGAAACGCAACAGCUGCCUUGGAAAUCAGAGAUUGAGAAGUUCACGAAUGAAGAAAGUAAUAAAACUGAUAUUCAGUCGCUUGAAAAUACUGUAUCAAUGAAAAUAGGUAGUGAAAGAGAAGAUAUCUUUAAAACGCCGGUCGCACCUCCGAGAUUGAAACACGAAGAAGCAAAGAGAACAGCAGAAAAGGCAAGGCAAGAUGCAAGGGAAAGAGCCAGAUUGAAAAGUGACGAAGAUUUAGGUCUUAGUCCAGAAGACAAAAUCAAAGAGCUAAGAAUGAAAGUUGCACGAAGACCACUUUCCAUGGAGGAAAAGAAACCUAAAGAAGACACGCAUGAACCUCGCCUAAGACACUACAAUUCUGGAACGAACAAGACUGGAUUAAAAUUACAAACGAGCAAAAGUACGGAUAAUAUGAAGGCCGUGGCGGAGGCAAUAAACUUUGCAGGUCUAUCUACUGCCAAUGCAAAAUCAAUGGAUCAACUGUUACAUUCUGAUUCUCCGAAGUCAAAUAGCUCUGUUGCUGUCGUGAAAAGAGAUAAGAAACAAAAGACAAAAGAUCCAGAAAGAAGAAAGAGUAUUAUUCAAGCAGUGUCAGACUUCUUCUUCAGAAAAGAAUCUUCUUCUUCGCCGUCCAAUCAAAAAGACAAAUUAUCUAUGUUCCGUCUAACAUCAAAGACAAAAGGCAAAUUAUAUAAAUCGUAUUCGGAAGGGUCAGAUCUUGAUAAAGUUUUACCGCCGAAGACUAAUGCUAGACCAAAAAGUGUUUGCGAGGGAAUGCUCACAAGAAAUUUCUUAAAUGAAAAUCCGCCGCCAAUUCCACCACCACCCCUUAUUUACACCAUUCCUACUACACAAGUCUCAGAUGAUAGUUUGUCAGAUGAUGACACGAAAACAACAGCAGUGUCAACAUCAUGCAUGCAUAAGGCUACUGUAACAGAAGGUUCAUGCAAUAGCAUUUCACGUAAAAUAAAAACUACAAAACGAAUAGCUAGACAAGCACGAUUAAAGAGGUUGCGUAUGGCUCAGGAAAUUCAAAGGAAGUUGGAAGAAACAGAAGUUAAACAAAGAGAGUUAGAAAGCAGAGGUGUUAGCGUUGAAAAAGCUCUUCGUGGAGAAGGCGAAUGCUCCGAUCGGGAAGAAGCGGAUUUACUCAGAGAAUGGUUUGAUCUUAUGAAAGAACGCACGGAAUUGCGCAGAUACGAAAAAGAGCUUUUGGUAAGAGCUCAAGAAGUUCAACUCGAAGAUCGUCAUGAAAGAUUACAACAAGAAUUGCGUGAACGCUUAGCUAAUGAUGACGAUAAAAAGACCAGUGCCGAUGUGAAGAAAGAAGGAGAGAUUUUAACAGAAAUGUUGGAAAUAGUUGCAAAGCGGGACUCGCUCAUUGCGCUUUUAGAAGAAGAGCGACAAAGGUAUCAAGAUGAAGAUCGUGACCUUGAAGCUCAAAUGUUGGCUAAAGGCCUCAGAUUAACACCAAUUAAAAAAUGUGGUCCUAAGUAUUCGGUUUAAUAGGAAUCACAUUAUUGUACAUAUACUCUAUUCUAUAUUUCUAUUCAUAAAUUUUAAUAAAUAAGUAAUUUAAUUAUAUUGUAAAUAAGAAACAGAUCUUACAAGGAUAAAGUGUCUUAUAAAGAUCAAAACUUAAGUUUCAUGUAACUUUUGUAUGUUAAAUUGAGUUACAAGUAUUUCAUUAUGUACAUGCAAUUCUCUUUUAGAGACUCUUUUUUAAAGAAGAAUACGGACCAAUUAUUUUAUUUUCAAUCUCUACAGAUUUUUUUAAAUAUAACAUUUAUUUUGAGCUGUACACAUUAUAUGUAUAUAGUUUUAAGGAAUUCCAUUUAUUUGUAGCACAUAUUUUUAUCUACUGUACAUCAUAUACUUUUUAAUCGUCCGAAGACAUGGAAUUGUAUUAUAAAUGAAUUUCUCAGUCCUCAUUGCUUAGGAUUUAAAGUAAAAUAACUUAAGAUAAAACAAAAAACAUAA